AUGAUGGCGGGGGUUCCGCCAUUCGUUGGCUAUGCAUCGAGUCCGGCAACAGCGUCAACGGCUGAAUACCAGGCCGGCGCUCAACAAGUUUAUGCGCAGAAGAUGAAUGCACCGAUACCUUCCAGUAACAACCAACCUUGUAAUCAAUAUCCUGUAAGUGGUGUGCCGCCCGUCCCACAGAUCAGCCUAGCAUCAUUUCCUCGCCCUCCACAGCCAGGAACGAUGAACAACUCUAGUCCUUCAAAUACUUUUUAUUCCCCUUCCGCUCCUGUAACUGCUCCGUUCCCACCAACCGCUUCAACUCAGCAAAUUUCACGUAUGCCAACAUUUCCAUGCGCAACCCAAACCGCCACAAGCACAAUGCUGAAUCAGCAGCCGAUGCGUACCCUAACGCCAUCAGUAUCGGCUGCUAGUGGUGAUGGUUCAUUACCUCGUUCUUCAUUGCAAGGUGGUGGUGGUGGUUCAGUUCCGUUUAUGGCUCAUACAUCAAACAUACAACAAACAACAUUACCAAAUAUUUCUACUGCUGCCGCUGCUUCUCAUCAUCGAUCAUCAAUCAGUUACAAUAAUAACACUCCAAAUCAUCCUCCUCAAAUGCCCCCAGCAAUGCAUAUGUCCACUAAUAGAAGGCCUUCAACUGGAGCUGCUGCGGCUGCUUUUAACGUUGCUCAGCCAUCUUUCAUGCCUCCAACGCAGUACCCAUCGUUACAAAAUCAAAACACUCCCCCAGCCUCUUCCUUUCCCCCCACUGUACCAUCAUCGGAUCUAUCGAAGAUGAAUGGUCAACUGAGUAGAGCCACUGCCCCAAUCAGUCAACAUCAUUCUCAAACAUUUUCUAAUCAGCAACAUAUCAAUGGUGUUUCUUGUCCAAGCGCAACUACUCCUGCUUUCAAUGAUAUGUCUCAUCAAUUAGGUAUGUUGGGUAGUCAUCAACAGCAGAGUUCACGAUAUGUUGAUUUAUUGCAAGAACGAAAUGUGCUCAAAUUAGAUGACGAAGAUAUCGCUAUCGACUUGCCGCCUUCUGUUUGCAAUCCGGAGGCGCGUUGUAGUCCGAACGUUUUUCGUUGUACAUUCCGGUCAAUUCCCCAAAGCCAAGAAUUGCUGAAGAAAUCACGUUUGCCAUUUGGACUGACUCUGCAACCAUUUCGAAACAUGAAGAGCCUAAACGUGAUCAGCGCAUCAAUUGUACGAUGUCGCUAUUGCCGUACAUAUAUUAAUCCGUAUAUUUAUUUGCCAGAUUCUCGUCAUUGGAAGUGCAAUCUGUGUUAUGGGAAUAAUGAUUUACCAGAUGACUUUCGUUGGGAUCCGUCAUCGCGAACAUUCGCAGAACCUACACGGCGACCCGAAAUCAGAAACGCUACCGUCGAAUUCAUUGCUCCCUCUGAAUACAUGUUACGACCACCUCAGCCUGCAGUCUACGUGUUCAUCAUGGAUGUAAGUCAAGCGGCAAUUGAGUCAGGAUAUUUGUAUACGUUUUCGGAGCAGUUGCUUAUCACACUUGAGCAUCUACCUGGUGACGAUCGCACUCUAAUCGCAUUUCUGGCAGUGGAUUCAUCGAUUCAUUUCUUCCAGUUCAAUGCAAAGUCACCUCCAAAGCAGCUGAUCGUCGAUGACCACGAAGAUCCAUUCAUACCGGUCAAUAGUGGACUGUUGAUCGAAUUUCGUAAAAAUAUUGACGUGGUACGAACAUUUGUACAAAGUUUACCGUCACUUUACGAAUCGAACUCGUCACCGUCGAACUGUCUUGGUGCAGCGUUAAACAUCGCUCGUGAUCUUAUUAAGGACAUCGGUGGACGUAUUACAGUCUUGCAAACGAUUCUACCAAAUCUCGGACCUGGAGCUUUAACGAGUCGUGAAGAUCCAAAUCAAAGGGCAUCAUCUGAUGUGCAAAAUCUCGGUCCAGCUACCGAUUUCUACAAAAGUUUGGCCUUGGAAUGUACGGGAUAUCAAAUUGCAAUCGAUUUAUUUCUGCUUAAUACACAGUAUGCAGACCUUGCCACAUUGUCGGAAAUGGCGAAGUUUAGCAGUGGAUGUGUACAUCACUACCCUGGUUAUCGUAUGAACCGAAAUGAAAUACAAGUGAAACGAUUUCAAAAACAGAUCAACAGAUAUCUGACACGUAAAAUUGGUUUUGAGGCUGUGCUCAGGAUACGAUGUACUCGAGGACUGACACUGCACACGUUCUAUGGCAACUUCUUUGUGCGAUCCACUGACCUUUUGGCAAUGGCGAACGUCAAUCCAGAUUCAGCGUUUGGUGUACAAGUACAGAUGGAGGAAAAUCUUAUCGGUCUGAGUCAUGUAUGCUUCCAAGCUGCACUUCUCUACACCUCUAGUAAAGGUGAUCGACGUAUUCGUGUCCAUACGCUUUGUCUACCCGUAACGAAAGAUUUACCAACCGUCUUCAGUCAUUUUGACGUCAAAUGCGCCGUAUCGAUGAUCUCGAAAAUGGCCGUGGAACGUUCGAUGGCUGGUGGCAAUUUGUCGGAUUCACGAGAAGCGAUGGUGAAUGCAGUAGUUGAUGCGUUGGGUGCGUUCAAUACAACGCUAGGACAAGGUCGAUUGCAGUCGUUGCUUUCACCGAAAACAUCCAUACGCCUUCUGCCAUUGUAUGUGCUUGGAAUGCUGAAAAAUUGCGCUUUCACUGCUGGUCGUUCUGUGAAAUUAGACGAUCGAGUUGCGGCUUUGCUAUUAUUCAAGACGGCACCUUUGGAAGUAAUCGAACUGGAAUUAUAUCCAGCACUCUAUAAGCUCAACAGUCUUCUUGAAAGUGAAGAAGACCCGCCAAGACUACAUCUCAGCUAUGAGUUUAUCGAUCGAGAUGGGAUUUACCUUAUGGACGCCGGUUCUUAUUCAUAUGUUUACGUCUCGUCGGGCGCUCAUCCGGCUCUGCUGAAUGGCAUCUUUGGAGUGGAGCAGUUCACCCAAAUUGAUGAAGAAGCUGGCUUGGAACUACUCGAAAAUUCACUGUCUGAGAGGGUGCAUGGCUUUUUACGGAAAUUGUUCGUUGAACGAACUCUUUUCGCGCCCAUCGUUGUUAUAAGAGAGGACGGAAUAAUGCGCGAACUGUUCACAAGGCGUCUUGUCGAAGAUCGAACCGAAUCGUCGCAUAGUUAUAUUGAAUUUUUGCAACAUUUGCGCCAAGAAAUACAACGCUAA